AACAAGAGGGAUAUUUCUCCUUUGAAACCAUCAUUUAUCAAUAACUCGAAGGUUCGUAUCUCUUCUACUCUCAAAUCUCCACAAACCACCGAGUUCUGCCGCCACUUGUGCCACCGCCGGUAAGUUUCCGGUGAUCUCACACCGAAGAAAACACAACAAACUACCCGAUGUCUAGAAGCUUCUAGGUUUAAUCCCCUCUUUUUUAUCAUAUUAUUCGAUUUCUAGGGUUUUGAAAUUCAUCCUGAUUUGAUAAAAUUGAGGCUUUUGGCUCACUUAUAUGUUGAUUUCACAUCGUUUUCAUUGAAUUUUGUAUCGUUAUUCAUCGGUGUAGAAGCUUCUAGGUUUAAUUUCCUGUUUCCCCUCUUUUAUCAUAACGUUCGAUUUCUAGGGUUUUGAAAUUGAUACUGAUUUGGUAAAAUUGAGGCUCUCGGUUCAGUUAUACGUUGAUUUUGCAUCGUUUUGUUUGAUAAUUGUAUCGUUAUUUAUCAAUCUGUGCAUGUUGAGGUAGAAUUACGAGAUAAGGUUUGAAAGUUUAUUGAUUUUGGGGGUUAGGGUUUUAGAGGGGUGAUAUAUUGUUCUGUUGUUAUACAUGAGCAAGUAUAUGGCGGCAGGAAGACAUGGGGGAUACCGUGACAAUGAGUUUAGGGAGCGUGAAUCGGAUUAUGAUGUUUCCAAGAGGGAAUUGCCGUAUUCGAAAGGGGAGUAUGAUCGGUUAAAGAAUGGGAAUAACCACAACCCAGGUUAUGACAGGGACAGGGGUAAGAAUCAGGUUCGGGCUAGGGUUAGGCAUAGGGACGGUAAAGAUCGAGAGUUGGUGAAUGGUGGGGGUUACCGUUCUGCUUCUAGGAAUUCUUCAGGCGAUCACCGCCUCAGAGUUGGGGAUCGAGAACCUGGUGAGUUGUCUAGUGACAGUGGGUCUGAUGAAGCUGUUGAGUCGGAAAUAAAUUUUAAGAAUAAUGAGGGUUUAAAGAUAGAAAACUGUUCUCAGUCUAAUAGUAGUAAAAAGAGGAAAUUUUCACCUAUUGUUUGGGAUAGAGAUGAUAAGGAAGCUAGUAAUUCAUCAGUGACUAGAUCUUCACCAGCGAAUGUUGUUCUACCCCCUCCUCCUCCAUUGCCUAAAUCCUACCGUCGAUCACCUAUAGUUCCUACAGCUAUUGCACAAAAAUCCCCUGUAGAAAGUAAUAAGGUUCAGUCUUCAGGUAAUACUCCAACUGAUACUGGCAAGCAUGAUUCUCCUGGAUUUGAACCCCGUAUUGCGAAGCAUGAUUCUCCUGGAAUUGAACCGCAUGUUGGUUUAUCUUCUUCUGCACAGGAAGAGCACCUUGGGUACAAUCAGGAUGUAGGGCCACCAGAAGAUGAUUACGUGCCCACACGGACAAUAAGAUCCUCUCGGUGGGCCGAUGCCAAUUCUCCAUCUGAUGAAGGUGAACUUUCUGAUGAUGACAGGGUCCAGCAGAAGAAAGAAUCUUUACAUGGGUCUGUUGAAUAUAGAUCAAGAAAGCGGUCAUCAAGUCCAGAGAUUGGGGAGCAUUAUAGAGAAAACUCUGAACAAAUCAGAGGACGAUCAUCCGCUUCGGGUGACGCAAGUAUGAAUGAUCUUUCUGAUAAUGAGUUGGAGAGGAAGGAAUAUAUGGAUAUAGAUGAUGAGCCGAAAAAAGAUGGUACUGAUCGGAGCUUAUUAUCAGAGUCUGAUUCGGAGAAUGGAGAUGAAUCUCACGGUACACCCGAGGCUGGGGGUCCCCCGUCAAGAAGUGUGAAUAUGCUGCAAGGUUGUAGAAGCGUUGAUGAGUUUGAGAGACUGAACAAGAUAGAUGAAGGGACUUAUGGGGUUGUUUACAGGGCUAAAGAUAAAAAGACGGGAGAAAUUGUAGCUUUAAAAAAGGUAAAGAUGGAGAAAGAAAGAGAAGGGUUUCCUUUGACUUCUUUAAGGGAAAUAAACAUUCUUCUUUCGUUUCAUCAUCCGUCAAUUGUGGAUGUGAAGGAAGUUGUCGUUGGGAGCAAUCUUGAUAGUAUUUUUAUGGUAAUGGAAUACAUGGAACAUGAUCUUAAAGCACUAAUGGAGACAAUGAAACAGCCGUUUAGCCAGAGUGAAGUUAAAUGCCUCAUGCUUCAGCUAUUUGAGGGAACAAAAUACCUUCAUGAUAAUUGGGUUCUUCACCGGGAUUUGAAAACCUCAAAUUUACUGUUGAACAAUCGAGGUGAACUGAAGAUCUGUGACUUUGGAUUGUCUCGUCAAUAUGGAAGUCCUCUAAAACCAUAUACUCAUUUGGUGGUUACUCUUUGGUACAGGGCACCAGAGCUUCUGCUGGGAACAAAACUAUAUUCUACUGCAAUUGACAUGUGGUCGUUGGGUUGUAUCAUGGCCGAACUGUUGUCUAAGCAACCAAUAUUUAAUGGGAAAACAGAGUUUGACCAGCUUGACAAGAUAUUUAAAACACUUGGCACUCCGAACGAGACUAUUUGGCCCGGAUACUCUAAACUUCCCGGAGUCAAGGUGAACUUUGUCAAGCACCAGCUUCCAGCUUUGGGUAUAAUUUAUUGCGGAGGAAAUUCCCGGCUACGUCUUUUACUGGAUCUCCUGUUCUGUCUGAUGCUGGAUUUGAUUUGUUGAAUAAACUUCUAACAUAUGAUCCCGAGAAGAGGAUAACUGCUGAGGAAGCUCUAAACCAUGAGUGGUUCCGUGAAGUUCCGCUUCCAAAGUCUAAAGAUUUUAUGCCGACGUUUCCAGCUCAGCAUGCUCAAGACAGGCGUACACGGAGGGUAAUGAAAAGUCCCGAUCCUUUAGAGGAGCAACGCCGGAAGGAGCUGCAACAAGCUGAAUUUGGGACAGGUGGCUUAUUUGGAUAGGAUAAAGAGUUUAUAUAUCCGAUUCAAAUUUACGAUGUACUAAAAAUUUGACAUUGUUGAUUUGAGAGUCCAUGUGCUGAGGUGGCAUUGGCAACACUGGUUUGAGGUGAUUAUCAUCAAUGCUGCUUUUUAGCAGGCACUCUUCAUCAUCAUCUAGGAGUUGACUUCUGCUUUAACUCUCAACUUGAUACAUAGCAGGUUGACUUCUUUGUGCAAGAUGAUACUUUUUAUCAGUUGUUCUUUUGGGACUUGUGUAUGUAACAUAUUUUUAGUUGGUUACUGUAAAACAGUUCAUGGAAUUGGAUUUUUAUUUCAUAUAAAUUUCUUCUUAAUCUUCUUCUUAUAUUGUGCUUUAUAGUUUUUUUAAUCUUUGUAUUGUGUUUGCAAGAAAUUGUCGGUGUAGCAUGGAGUUGGCGUUCUUAGCUUUUCAUUGACGGAGUUUAUUAUCAGAAAUUGUGCUAUUUCAAGUAUGAAAAGCAAGCAGGUUGUGGAGGUCACCCUGUGCAGCCUGGGACUUUUAUAGUUUUCGUGUAUUUUUCCAUAAUUCAGGUGGUUGAUACAACGAUACAUGGAUGUUGCAUGACAAAGAAACUGGUUUUCUAACUUUGCUUGAUCAGUAUGUUUGCUUGUUCGUAAAAGAUCUGUAGGUUUUUGUUGAUCUAUCUAGUGCUUGUGAUUGGUAAGAUAUAGAUUGUGGCGUGUUUGGCUUAAAAUUAAUUUGUCUGACAACAAGGCAAAAAACAGCUGAUUCUUCAAGCUUCGACUAGUAUCAUGGUUCGGAUUGGAAAUCUGGAUUUACCUGUUUUUACCGAUCCAGAAAGAAUCAAGACGUCCCAUCCGGAUUGUUGGGCCGAGCUAGAUACCAUGCAUGUGUUGUACUACCAUGGAGAUAUCGGAUAUCCUAUUUGUAAAAUUGCCUUUUGGGUCAAACGGGUUGUCUUUGUAUGUAUAUGCUUAUGGGUCUUGAUGGGUUGAA